AGCUUCUUCUGAAAGCACGACAUUGGCCGGAACAAGGAAGUAAAGUGUGUCAUGUGAUCACUGAAAAUGGCCGCGGUGAUGUGGCGUUCCCGGUGGCGCAACUACGAUGCUGAGCUGAAGAGUGCCCGUCUGGAGGCAACGUCACUUGAAUUUUCGGACUCUCAUCCCCUCAAACCUAUUUCGGUGACAGACACCAAAGCUCGCCGUGGAACUCGCAAGGGCAGCACCUCCUCCUCUUCGUCCUCCUCUUCUUUAGCGGCGCCGGACCCCCUCAGCUGCAUGUUGGAUGGAACAGAUCCGCUAUCCAUGUUUGCAGCUGAGACUCCGUCUACGUUGCACGUCCCCUUCGCCGGGGAUGCGAGGAAGAAAGAGGACGAGCCAGUGGGUGCAGACUUUGAGCCCUGGUCCAUGAAGAGAGGCGAAAUCCUGGCGAGGUUCACCACCACUGAAAAACUUUCGAUCAAUCUAUGCAUGGGCUCUGAGACGGGAAAUUCCCAGAAUCCGGGAUCCUCUGCUGUCUCGGAAAAGGUCCGCACUCGUCUGGAGGAACUGGAUGAUCUAGAAGAGGGUUCCCAGAGAGAGCUGCUCAAUCUCUCCCAGCAGGAAUAUGCUCAUCGCAUCGAAGAGCUGAACCAGUCCCUGAAAGAGGCCUGGGCCUCGGACCAGAAGGUCAAAGCCCUGAAGAUUGUAAUCCAGUGCUCCAAGCUUCUCUCCGACACCUCCGUAAUCCAAUUUUACCCCAGCAAGUUUGUUCUCAUCACUGACAUACUUGACACGUUUGGCCAGCUUGUGUAUGACAGAAUUUGGAGCAUGUGUACAGACCCAAGACCUUUACCAGACUCCUUUACGGUCGACGAUGUCAACGACACAGCCAAGGAGACGUGCCUCAACUGGUUCUUCAAGAUCGCCUCCAUUAGAGAACUCUUACCUAGACUAUACGUCGAAGCCUCUAUCCUGAAGUGCAGUCGCUUCCUGAACAAAUCCGGUAUUCAGGAGACUCUCCCACGACUGACCGCCAUGAUCAGAGGGAUUGGAGACCCUUUGGUGGCAGUUUACACCCGAGCUUACCUCUGCAGGGUUGGCAUGGAGGUCGCCCCCAGCUUGAAAGACAGCCUGAAGCGCAACUUCUUCGACCUGCUCGGAACCUUCCGUCAGAUCAGCGGGGAGAGCGUUCGCAGCCAGCUGCUCACGCAGAGGGUGGAGAUGCCCGAGUACCUGACUCUCUAUUCGCCCGCGAUCAACUGGAUCCUGCAAUGUAGUGCUUACAGAGCACCAGAGACUCUUCUAACAGAAAUGAUGGAGAGAUGCAAGAAGCUGGGUAACAAUGCCCUGCUGUUGAAUUCAGUCAUGAGGGCAUUUAGGCCUGAGUUUGUCGCCACCAGAGCCAUGGAUUUCAUCGGUAUGAUCAAAGACUGCGACGAGGCCGGGUUCCCCAAGCAUUUGUUAUUCGGAUCACUGGGUCGCUGUCUGGCUUGCGCCGACCCUCCAGAAUCAGAGAGGCUGACCAUCCUCAACGAAGCCUGGAAGGUCAUCACCAAAGUCCGCAGUCCUCGGGAUUAUGUCAACUGUGCUGAAAUCUGGGUGGAAUUCACCUGCCGAAAUUUCACAAAACGGGAGGUGAACACCGUUCUAGCAGACAUCAUCAAACACAUGACUCCCGACCGGGCUUUUGAGGAUGCCUACGCUCAGCUGCAGUCUGUGAUCAGGAAGAUCCUCGCCCACUUCCACGACUUCUCAGUCCUUUUCUCCAUGGAGCGUUUCUUGCCAUUUCUGGACAUGUUCCAGAAGGACGGUGUGAGGGUGGAAGUGUGCAGGUCCAUCAUGGAUGUCUUCAUCAAACACCAGCUGGAGCCAACCAGAGACCCCGUCAUCCUCAACGCCGUGAUGCACAUCUGCAAGACCAUGCAUGACUCGGUCAAUGCUCUCACACUGGAGGAUGAAAAAAGAUCUUUGUCCGUGCUGAUCAUCGGCUUCAUGCGUGUGGUUUCCUUCGGUCGUGACUUUGAGCAGCAGUUGAGUUUCUGCGUGGAGGCCAGAGCCACAUUCUGUAACCUGGAGCCAGUACUGGUGCACCUCAUUCACACGGUGAAUCAGUUGGCGAUGGAGACCAGGAGGGUGAUGAGAGGCAAUCAUUCCCGCAAAACAGCAGCAUUUGUCCGGGCGUGUGCUGCCUACAGUUUCAUCACCAUCCCGUCCCUGAGCAGCAUCUUUAGUCGUCUUCACCUUUAUCUGCUAUCUGGUCAGGUUGCGUUGGGCAACCAGUGUUUAUCCCAGGCGGAUGCUUUCUUAAAGGCAGCAGUCAGUAUUCUUCCAGAGGUUCCGCGCUCCAUCAGCGUAGAAGGGAAGCUUCGCUCUUCGGAGAGUUUCCUGCUCGACUUCAUCAACAACUUCCUGGCUACUCUUCUAGUUGUCCCGGAUCACCCAGAGUACGGUGUGCUCUACUUAGUCCGUGGCGUGCUCAACAUGGUGCAGGAUUACACUUGGGAGGACAACAGUGAUGCCAAAGUGCGCGUGUACGUCUGUGCCAUCCCACUGCUGGCUGCCAUGAGUCAGGAAACAUACCUGUACACGAUUCCAAAAAUGGACUCCAAUGAAACUCUUUACGGGGGGGACCCAAAGUUCCUGUCGGAGAUUAACAAGAUGUGCGAGACCCUGAUCGGACAGAUCCUCGACCACCUGAAGUCUCUCGGUCGAGAGGAGCACCAGAGCACACGGCGCCAAGGCACUCUUGCCUUCUCUCUCUUCUGCGUCCUGCUCGCCCACGGAGACCUGAGGAACAACAAGCUGAGCCAGCUGGCCGUCAACCUGUGGAAUCUCAGCCACAAACACGGAUACUGUGAGACACGCAUUUCCGUUCGGACGCUGGAGUACAUGAAACAUCAGGCAAAGCAGGCCGACAUGUCUCAUCUGUCAGAUACGGUCCAGAGGCUCGCACUGCAGUCCCGGACUUGAGCGCCAGCAUCAACAAGUAUUUGUGUAAAAAAAAAAAUA